GAAAAAUUCAAGAACUUACCAAUCAACGACGAUGGAUGUCGAUAUGGAAGAACAGAUCAGUCUGGAAACUACGGAUACGAAUCCAAAGGUUAAGGCCAAGACUAAGCCUAAAGUACUCUGCUCUUCAAACCCACCACUCAAGACCGAAUCGGACAAAGUCUUACGGAUCUGUCAGGCAAUGGAAGAACUCAAACUGACACCCAAGAAAUUCAUGGUCGCUUUCUUAACCCAAUCUAAUACGAAUAUAAAAAUUAGGAGAAGACUUUGGGGAUCUGCUAAAGGUUGGGAUUCUACUAUCGAGGUCGUUAACGCUGCCCGUGAUUUAAUUUGUGGCUCUGCUGCUGGUCGGUUGUAUUGGAACUCAUAUAUACUAAGCGAGGCUCAAAAAAUAGUUAGAAAGGAAGCCCCACCCAGUGGCGAAUACCCAAACGGAGCAUUCCAUAGUUCCAGAAAAAUCGAUCCGACGAUCUUUAGUGAAGAAGAGAAAUUUACCCGCUUUCAGGAUAUGUGUCAAGAACAUAUGCCUUUCCUAUACCAACUACUCAUCUAUAAACUUACUGGCCAAUCCGAUCCUUCAACAUCCUCCUCAUCAUCACCAACAGAUGUCACCGAUCAAGCUGCUGAAACUGAAUCGAAUUCAGAUAAAGAUGAGCUGGAAGAAGAUCCGAGCCCAAAGAGUAGACAGAUUAAGAGAUCCCACAUGGUAGCAACAGCGAUCUGUUACAUGGUAUCAUUUAUAGUUAAUCGUCGACACAACGCCUUUGCCUUAUCGAACUCGAUGAUCUUAUUGGCCUGCGGAAUCUCAGAACGAAUCAAUAACUUCUUACAUUUCAUAGGUCUAACAACAUCAAGAACGACUGGCUUUAAAGCUUAUCAAAGCCUUAGUACGGCCACUAGAAAAGCUUUGAGAGAAAAACCCUGUCUAUUUGGUGAUAUCUAAAAACCUAUGCACUCAUUUUUUCCUCUAAUCCUGCGGACUACUUAGCAUCAGUCAUUCCGAGUUAAUCACUGAAAACUUUCUUCUACUGAGGCUGUGUUAUCUUAAUGUAAAUCCACGGCACUCUGACAUCUCCCCCUCCAUGUACAUCUUUAUAUCUCAUCGCAUCUACAGUUUUAAUUCAAGAACAAAAACAAAUGAAACUUCUCCCCAUCUUAUCCAUAUUCCAAUUAAUCAACUUAUCAUCUCAAUAUUUCAAUCAUCUACCAAGUAUCGUGUUAACUUCUCACAAACAAUGUUAAACAAUGCAACAAUAUGAUUAUCCCAAGACAUAGGGGCUCACACCAG